GGCUGUGACGCGCUCAGACAGGAAAGAUGGCGGCGGUGACCAGAGGUUCGUUCAGUGCGCUCAGACGGCUGCUGACUCAUCAGUACCGCGGCAGGUGUUUCCGGCUGCAGAGCCUCCGGUCGCAGCGCGUUCUGCCGCUGCUCGCGGUCACACGUGACAGAGAUGAGUGGACGUUCAGCUGCAGGACUCUGCACGCGACUGUGGCAAGUCGAGGACCCAUCGUCCAGUUCAAACUGUCGGACAUCGGUGAGGGAAUCAUGGAGGUGACGGUGAAGGAGUGGUACGUGAAGGAAGGCGAUAAAGUUUCUCAGUUUGACAGCAUCUGUGAGGUUCAGAGCGACAAGGCGUCCGUCACCAUCACCAGCCGCUACGACGGAGUCAUCAAGAGACUCUACUACGACGUGGACGGCACUGCGUUAGUGGGCAAACCGCUGGUGGACAUCGAGACGGAGUCCAGCUCAGAGGUGAUCCAGGAGGAGGACGUGGUCGAGACGCCCGCUAUGGCUCGAGAAGAACACACCCACCAGGAAAUCAAAGGACACAAGACCCAGGCCACCCCCGCCGUGAGACGCCUUGCCAUGGAGAACAACAUAAAGCUAAGUGAGGUGGUGGGGACAGGUAAAGAUGGACGGAUCCUGAAGGAAGACAUCCUCAACUACCUGGCGAAGCAGACGGGAGCCAUCUUACCUCCGACCCCAGUUCACGAGAUCCAGACUCCAGGACCGGCCCAGGUUGCUGCCGCCAGGCCCGUGAGCACAGCGGCUGCCAUCAAACCCCCGCCCACGACCUCGAAACCCGUCUUCACCGGGAAGGACGUCACAGAGCCCCUGAAAGGUUUCCACAAAGCGAUGGUGAAGACGAUGACGGCGGCGUUGAUGAUUCCUCACUUCGGUUACUGUGACGAGGUCGACUUGAGCCGCCUGGUGGCGCUGAGAGGUGAACUCAGAUCAGUGGCUGAAGGUCGUGGGGUCAAACUCAGCUACAUGCCCUUCUUAAUCAAGGCUGCCUCCCUUGGUCUCCUACACUUCCCGAUCCUGAACUCUUCGCUGGACGACAGCUGUCAGAACAUCACCUACAAGGCAUCUCAUAACAUCGGGCUGGCGAUGGACACAAGUCAGGGUCUGCUGGUUCCCAACGUGAAGAACGUGCAGCUGCUCAGUGUGUUCGAGAUCGCACAGGAACUGAACCGUCUGCAGGGGCUGGGGUCAGUGGGCCAACUGGGAACCAAUGAGCUGAGCGGAGGAACCUUCACGCUGUCGAACAUCGGAUCAAUCGGGGGGACGUACGCCAAACCGGUGAUUCUCCCAACACAGGUCGCCAUCGGAGCUCUGGGAAAAAUCCAGGUUCUUCCUCGGUUCGACGCCGGCGGUCAGGUGGUCCCGGCUCACAUCAUGACGGUCAGCUGGUCGGCGGAUCAUCGCAUCAUCGACGGUGCCACCAUGUGUCGCUUCUCCAACCUGUGGAAGGAGUACCUGGAGAACCCGGCGAGCAUGGUGCUGGACCUGAAAUAGAGAGGACUGUUUCCCAUCAGCCCCGGGAGACGGAGACGCCACAGGAUCAGAACUUCACCCCUCCUCCCCUCGCCCACCUCAUCUGUCUGGACGCCUUCACCUUCGAUGCCCAUCGUUUCCUUGUUGCCUUUGGGCGGGGGGGGGGGGGGGGGGGGGGGUGAGGUCAGUCUGUCAGUCGGGUUGUUUUCAAUAUGACUUAUCAACCGUAGAGUUUUGAGGUUAAAGUGAACUCCUGGUUCAAUAAUCAAUAACUGAUCUGCAAUAAAUUGACCAGAAACUGUAUUCAGAACACCCACCCCCCCCCCGCCGAUUAAUAAUUAUUAUUAUUAUUAUUGUUAUUAAUCGGGUCAUUGGAGGCAGUCAUCAUCUGCAUCAUCAUCUGUGUCUCCAGGAAACUGACGUGGACAGAAGUGAUUGAUCAGAUUCUUUAGAAACUAAUCAGAUUGAUGAUAUUGAUACAUAGAUUGCUGUAUUGAUCUGGUGUUGAACAGCUGCUGUAUCAAUAGUCCCUGCUGCUCACAUUACAUUAGUGUAGCUGUAGGAUUGUGACCAGCAGGGAGCAGUGACCUGUGGAGUAGCGUUUGUGUCCCCUGAUGGACUUCGCUCUAGUGUUUGGUCUCCUCCUCCUUGAGCUGUGCCUGGUCUCCGUCUCUUCACCUGGACUUCUUCAGUGCCCCCUGGGGGCUGCUGGGUGAAAAGCACUUGGUGUUGGUCGUCUGUUACAAACUGUUUUUUCUGCUUUGUGUUUGUUUUUAUUGACACUACAUGUAAAGAGAUGAAUGUUAAUAAAGUUUAAAACCUGA